GCAGCAAGGGGGCCCUGCCCGUCACAGGGGUGAGGGGCCAGCGGGCGCUCCUGGGGCAGGUCUGAGCCACGGGGGUGCGGGAGCCGGUCCUCUCCUUCAGGAGACACGUUUCUGCCCUCCCACUUCCUUUGAUGAAAUCCACCAACCAUAAAAUUCACCAUUUUUUUUUAUAGCAGCUGCGCUGGGUCCGGCCAUAUUGGAGCUUUGGAAAUAAAGCGGCUCUAAUUUUCUAUGUGCCCUGGAAAUAAAGCCGUGCAUUUGAAAAAACCAAACCCACCACCACCUCCACCUGCCAGCCCAGGCCCACAGCCAUCUCCACGCACGGGGCCCUGACCAUGGGCCGGGGACCGUGGCUCCUGCAGCCCUGCCUGUGCCUCUCGGGGCUCAGCUUGCUCUUCUCGCUGGCGCCCCCCAGCCUGGGCAUGGAGGUCAUGGCGCCCGUCACCAUCAACGCCCUCAACGGCUCCUCCGUGCGCCUCCCCUGCACCUUCAACUCCUGCUACAAGGUGGAGAACAAGCAGUUCUCCCUCAACUGGACGUACCAGGUCUGCGACAACUGCACUGAGGAGCUGUUCCUGCAGUUCCGGCUGAAGAUCAUGAACAAGCAGCUGGACCGCUUCGGGGACCGGGUGCAGUUCACCGGGAACCCUAGCAAGUACGACGUGUCCUUCACCCUGCGGGAUGUGCAGCUCGAGGACGAGGGCACCUACAACUGCUACGUGCUGAACCCCCCGGACCGGCACCGGGGCCACGGCCGCAUCCACCUGAAGGUCCUCACCGAAGAGCCCCCGAAGCGCGACUCAACGGUGGCCGUCAUCGUGGGUGCCUCGGUGGGCGGCUUCCUGGCCGUGGUGAUCCUGGUGCUGGUGAUUGUCAAGUGCGUGCGGAGGAAAAAGCAGCAGCGGCUCAACACAGACGACCAGAAGACGGAGGAGGAGGGCAAGACCGACGGCGAAGGCAACCCGGAGGACGGCACCAAGUAGCCGCCCGCCCCGCCCGCCCCUGUACAGCGUGACCCCUCGAUGUGCUUCCCGAGCAAGGAUGUCUGUCUCCCCGGAACUGCCCAGCACCCUCCAUCUCCCGGCCCCCCAGGGCUCCCGGUGCCAGCAGGGCGCGGUGAGGUGCGUGCGGCGCGGGGGCGCUGGGCAGGGAGGGGAGCUCGGCUGAGCGCCACGAGCCCGUCCCUGCGCCAGGCCUGGGGCAGCCGGUGCCCAGCUCUCACCAUGAGGCGGGGGGGGUCUGUGUCCCCCCGGGCAGGGCUGCGGAGAGGCUG